UUCAUUGAACCAUUUUCAAGUUUUGUACUUGAAGACCGUUUGUACAUCUCUAGUGGAAUUAAUUCAUCUGUUACAUUACCACCAGGAACCAGCUAUGUUGUCACUUGCACGUUUGCUCCAAAGCAUAUCGGUGUGUACAAAGGCACCCUAGCAUUCGAGUUGCAAGAUGGGGCAAGUGGGAACAAAUUUCACAUCAUCCGAUUUGUGUCUGGAUCAGCACAGGCGAGCAAGGAAGACAUGCGGUUGGUACAACUCAGAUCACAAUAUGUACCUUUCAAUCCAAGGCCAAAGCGAAGAAGACGUACAAUUAUUGAUGGUGUAAGACCUCCCGGGCCCCAUUAUAGAAUUCCAAUGGUGAGAGAAUUGGCUGAAUACAGGAUACCCCCAGAGAUCAAUGAAUACAAAAUCAAUGACAGAAUGUUAGACGAGCUGACUGCAGAUCUACAAAACUCCCACAGCAAACGUUUCCAUAAGUUGUUACACAUUGAGGAAAAGCAAAUGUACCGUGACAUUAGACGGUACGAUAGAAAGAAAGAAUUAUCACAAACUCCUGGAGGUUAUCUCACACUUAAGGUGGAAGGUCUAGCAGAAAAUAGACCGUCGCUCCUUAAAGGAGAUCAUAUACUUGCAACUUGCGAAUCUCAUCACCACGAGUACAAAGGCUACGUCCACAGAGUCGAGAAAGAAGAAGUUUGGCUGAAGUUCGAUCGAAUGUUUCACAGACAAUUUAUCCGUGGACAAAAAUAUGAUAUUCGCUUUACCUUCAAUCGUCUUCCACUACGUUUGCAACAUCGAGCCUUGGACAUCUCCAACAAGACAUUACCUCGAGAGCUUCUAUUUCCAACAAUCACUGCCUCCUCUAAACCGGUUCUAUGGAAUCCAAAGACAAAACCAUUAACUUUCUAUGACCGAGACGUUGCAUCAAACAGGGAGCAAAGUCAAGCUGUGGAGAUGAUUGUAUCCGGAUAUUCCCGGCCAGCUCCAUAUCUCAUAUUCGGACCUCCAGGAACAGGAAAGACAAAGACAACAGUAGAGGCAAUAAAGCAAGUUCUCAAAUGCAUUCCUGAAAGCCGAAUUCUGGCAUGUGCCCCAUCCAAUAGUGCUACAGACUUACUGUGCGAGCGCCUAUUGACGCACGUGCCAAAAGAUCAAGGGUUGCGUCUCAAUGCAUUCAGCCGUCCUCGGAGUACAGAUAUACCAGGCACCGUGAUGGAGGUAUCGUGCUAUGAUGAUGACACAGGAUCAUUUGAAAUGCCUCAGCUGGCUAAGCUCAAACAAUAUCGAGUAAUACUUUCCACACUUAUCACUGCUGGCAGAUUGGUAUCUAUUUCCUUGCCAUCGAAUCACUUUUCUCACAUUUUCAUUGAUGAAUCUGGUCAUGCUGUGGAGCCAGAAUGUCUGGUUCCAGUUGCCGGUCUUCUUAACACCGACAACCCUAAAGGUGGCCAGCUCGUCCUCGCUGGUGACCCAAAGCAACUUGGUCCAGUUCUGAGGUCCCACAUAGCCAUUAAGCAUGGAUUACAGACAUCGCUUCUGGAACGUCUAAUGACACAAUGUGAUGUGUAUCAGCGCAAGUCGUCCACACACUAUAACCCUCAUGUUUUGACAAAAUUACUACAAAACUAUCGAUCCCAUCCUGACAUACUUUGCAUCCCAAAUGAGACGUUUUAUAACAAUGAGCUGAAAGUUAAAGCCGAUCCAUUGGUGAGAACCUCUCUAUGCCGCUGGGAACAUCUGCCAAAGCAAGACUUUCCCAUCAUCUUUCACGGUAUUGAAGGCGAAGACCAGAGAGAAGAAAACAGUCCAUCAUUCUUCAAUCCUCAAGAAGCCAUCAUCGUCCAUCGCUAUAUCGCACAGCUCAUUGGAUCUCGAGGAAUCAGAGUGAAUGCCAGAGAAAUAGGAGUCAUCUCACCAUACAGAAAACAAGUUGAGAAAAUUAGAACUGUGCUCAGAGCAAAAGGGUUUGAAAGUGUAAAGGUGGGAUCAGUAGAAGAAUUUCAAGGCCAGGAGAGAAGAAUUAUAAUCAUUUCGACAGUAAGAAGCAAUCCGACUUUCCUGGCCAUCGACCGCGACUACAAGUUGGGAUUCCUUGACAAUCCCAAGCGUUUCAACGUGGCUAUAACACGAGCGAAAGCUCUACUAGUUGUCGUGGGGAAUCCAAAACUUCUCAGCAGAGACAAACACUGGAAAACGUUCCUUCAGUUUGUUUGUCGUAAAGGAGGAUAUGUAGGUAUUGAGUUCAAGGAUGUUUCGGUUGCAGAUCAGUCCUUGUUAGACAGAAUUCAAGAGCUGGAAUUACACAGACACGAUUCGUAUACUGCAUCUACAGGUGAACAGGACAACGAACCGACCUCAUCAGAAACAGAAUGGAGAAAUGAAGAAUGAAUCGAAGGGCACACAUGUACUAUGGAUAACUACAGAUUGUGUGUGUGUGUGUGUGUGUGUGUGUGUGUGUGUGUGUGUGUGUGUGUGUGUGUGUGUGUGUGUGUGUGUGUGUGUGUGUGUGUGUUCCUAUAAAAGCGAGUUUGCAUGUAGGAGUAAGAAUUAUUGCACAUACGCACACUGCGUGUGCACUCUGUUGUGAACGACAGCACAAGUAUGACAGGAGUACUAAAAUGCAUUCGAAUGUAUGAAGUGGUUUACUCAAUCUAAUGCAAUAUGAU